AUGGAGCUAGAUGAAUAGCUAAAACAAGGAAAGUUAUCUUCAAAAAAUCUCUUUUAAGAUAAGAAAGAUAUGAAAGAAGGUAAAAAGGCUAGGACAAAAACUCUUGUAAAGCCUAUAAUAGAGAAACUUGAGUUUGAAAGUAAUGAACACAAGAGAGACUAACUAGCAAGAAAAAAGAAAACUUAGGCAAUCACAAAGAUAAACAUUCAUUAUACUCCUGCUAAUCCAAAAGAAAUUCUUGUACUCAAUUCUAAUUAACCUAUCAAACCUAAGUCAAGGGUAAAAACUGAGUAUUCAGCAUAAGCCUUAAAGAAAGAAUAAGAGUCCAAGAUUAGAUCCUAGUAAUUUUCUAAAGAGCUAGAUAAGAUUCUUUCAAGUGAUGCUUUUUUCAACAGAAGCAAAGUUCAAAAGUCUGAGCCUGUAAACUGUAUCAUUGAAUUAUCUUAGUUGAGUUAUGCCAAAAUGACACAAAAAACAAAGGAAUUUAUUAGUGCAAAUUAAAACUCAAAGUUGAAUUCAUCAAUUGAGUAAUUAAGUGGUAGUAAGACCCCUAGAAAAGGUCAAAAAUAAAAGAAAGAUAGUACAGAGAAUUUUCUCAAGAGUAAAUGUAAGAAAUCUAGCAGUCCCGUUCAUAAAUCAAUUGAUACCCUUAAUUAAAAGCAAAUAAAAUCAAAGAGAGUUGAGGAUACUCCUAUUUCAAAGAGAAAGGCUAAGGAGGCAAAGAAAAAAUAGUAGCAAUCUCAUUUUCAGCAUCAAUAUCAUACCCAGAAGUAAUCUUAGUAAGAUAAUUCUAUUGUAUGUACAAUCAGUGAUGAAGUCAAAGUUUCAGCAGAAACCUAUCAAUCUCGUGGUCAUGAUUAUGUAACUUUUGGUGAACCUAGCAGUUUAGACUAAGUAGAUGUUUCUGUUGCUGAGCCCUAAGCAAAGUCUAGGAAGGCUAAGACUAAGAAAACUUUGAAGGUAAAUUCUCAGCUGCUUGAAAAUGAUGUGAUCAAAGAAAUAUCCUCAGAAAAUUUAUUCAAUUAGCUGGCUAAAUCAAAUAAUGAAUUGAGCUCUUUCUCUCAAGAACUUAUGAAUGAUUUUCACAGGAUCAUUUAGAAUGGUCGAGAAGAUUUUAUAAACAGAAAAAGGGUAUAGUAGAAUGACAGUCCUUACAGAGUGAUUGAGGAAUAGAGCAUUCAGCUUCCCAGAAUUCUAAGCAUUAUCAGGAUCUAUUUCUCUUUAACUAAGAGGAGACUAAGAGUGAGAGUCUAAGUUGAGGAUUCUAAUAGUGAGAUUGGCUAUAUUUUUACCAAUAUUGAUCUAACUGAAUUGAACAAAGAAUCUCCAGUGCUCUUUGUUGAGUAUAUCUAGAGAUUAUUUAACAAGAAGUAGCAAGAAGAUCAAUCCAGCACUGCUUCAUUCCAGAGUUGA